AUGAAAAAGCAGCUGACUCUCUUUGGUGUACGGAAGAGGAAGAGAGAGCCUUUCUUCCAACGCAGUGCAGAUGACAGUGAUUACACACGAGUGAUCGAAACUCUGUGGCAGCAAGAUGCUGGACAGCGCACUCGCAAGGACUUCUUCAAGUGGGCACAAGGCCAAUGGCGUGACAAGUACUCGAAGGACAGGAAGGCAAGAGAUGAUGUGAUAGCCAAGAGCGUUGGAGUCCAACAGGGAAUGGACAAUGCGGACGAGAAGGCGGCGACGACUGGUUACUUCCGGCGAUUGGAUGAACCGGAACCGAAGCGUUCACACCUAUCUUGUCAUGGCCGUCAUGACCAGGUUAGUAUGGUCGCUUCGGUAUCCACAGAUGGCGACGACAUAGAGGUAGCUAGUGGAGGGCCCGAAGCAGAGUUCUUGAAUGCUAUUGGGAUUGACUCCUCUCAAUUGCUGACGGAAGAUGUUGUAGGCAGAUCAGAUUUUAUGGGCGUGUUACGUCAGUGCGCGAGACAGUGGCUGGCAUACAAACAGGUACAGGCGACAUAUGAAGCACACGCAAAGUGGCGUUGGGGACAUAGUCAGCUCAUUCGAGCAGAAGAUGAGCUGGUGACGGAAGAGAAGAAACUGAUGGCUGCAAUGUGUGAUGUUGCUCAGGUAACCGUGAGUGCCACAAACUUCCUGAGUGUUUCAUUUGUGCGCAUGGCUUUAGAGAAGAUGGAAGGACUAGCAGCUCUGUCUGCGAGGCUGCUAAAGUUUACAAACUCGCUGCAGACCCAAACCAGACGAUUAGAAAUACGCGUAUCCCAAUUGCUGCAGAAGCAGAAGCAUCCAGCAGAUGACCUAGUACUAGACUGUACAAAUGGCUGUGAACUGUCUUGGGAGAAAGCCUUUGGCAAUCUUGCUGAUUUGCAAUCAAACGGUGCAGACACGUGUGGUCCACUCUCUGCUGAAGAGCUAGUACACACUUCUCAAGUCAUGGCGGCAGUGAAUGUGCUUUCAUUGAGAGGCUUGCUACAGACUAUACAUUACAAAGAAGACGAACUCUGCAUGAAAGUGCAGUGGGCACUGACACACCAAAUCCUUCACUGGAUGCCUGUUAUGUCCUUGUUACACAAGCCAGCCAAAAACAUCGUUCUUGUGAACGUGCCUGACCUGACCUUCACAGAUAAUGGUAACACCUUCUCUGAUGUACUAUCCCUUGUGCAAGAGGAUGAAGGAGUGGCGCUAUCUGAGCAGAUAGAGGGAGAUGCUCAGAUGCAACAGGAGGGAGAUGCCCAGAUACAACAAGAGGCGGAACAACUUUCUAUCACACUCCCUGCAAAGAAACGAGGACCUCCUGCUCGGCAUGAACAGUUUCCUGAGAUUAUCUGUUCUGCUAUGAGUUUCAUCAACAUGCAUGGCUAUACAGCACAAGCAAGGCGCCGAACAACAGCAGGUAAUUCUAAUGGUGUCACACUUGCUCAGGUUCAGCAACAUUUGCUUUCAUCUGUCGCUGGACUGAAGGACAAAGGUAUCGGUCGGACUACGGUUCACCAGCUGAUGUUGCCUCCUCGACAGAAGACUGUCAAUGCAAGGCGGUACCACGGUGUUCUCAAUGUUCGAGUUCCUGGCAAAAGGAAUGAUGAACAUGGUUGUCAUGAAAAUGGCCAUUUCUGCCUGGCACAAGUUGGGUACAUGUUAGAAUUUUCUCAACAGCAUUCUGACAGUACAUCAACUUUUAGUUGCGACAAUAAAAACAAAGUCAACAUUGGCACACUAGCUGUCAGUCGAUACCACCAACUGCGAAAGUUCUUCCCAAUUGGAAAUGGUCCAGUGUACAAGGAUCAUGAUUUUCCUUUUCAAAAUGCAAAGAUCAUUCCUUCAGGAUACCUUCGGUUGGAACCUAGAGGACGGCCAAAGACUCGUACAGUGUACAAUACGGCACGAGUUCGCCUUGCAUCUGCUGAUUCGGUAAGGCUCAGAACGAACCUGAUUAGGAGUUGUGUCAGGAGAAGCUCUAGUAUGCCUCCACUGCUUUGCAAGCACGAGUUCGAUAAUGGAAAAUAUUCAGAAUUUGGUCACUUCAGAAAAGACAAACUAGGACGUUUGCACUACACUGUUCCGCAUACCGGUCCACUGUUUGUUAAAAACAGAGCAGGAAGGUUUCAUGAGUCAACAGCAGAGACUCAUGCCAAUGAUCUCGAUGAGCUGAUUGGUACUGAAAUAAGAAGUGGAAAAACUGGUAUAUGCCUCGCCGUUGAUGGAGGACCAGAUUAUAGCAUCAAGUCAAUUCUUACAAUCAUUGCCUUUGGUAGACUGUGGCGUGAUAAAAACUUAGAUUUUCUCAUCAUGUGCACACAUGCAGCUGGGGACAGCUGUUACAAUCGAGUGGAGCAUGCCUGGUCCCCACUUUCAUCUAGCCUGGCUGGUGUGAUAUUACCCGCAAGCCUACCUGGUGAAAUGUCGCCAUGGCAGCAAAAGUUAGAUGAUAUAGAAAAAGAGAAAAAGAUAGCUGACGUUUUCGACAACGCUCUGAAAGUUCUAGACUCAUACUGGAAUGCCAUAUCCUAUGAUGGCUUUCCCGUCACGUCGUCAAGUGUGAUGUGUCUUGAGAAACCAUCUCCGUACAAUGAUCACAGCAAGCUUACUGAGUUUGCAGCAGCUGGCAGUACAAAGCUGAAAGCAGAUGAAGGCAUGAAAUGUAUCCUGAAUGAAUUGCAGUUUCUGCAUUCACAUGCUGUGCGCAAGACGCACAUGCUUCAGUUUAUGAAGUGUGACUCUGGUAGCUGUCAUCACUGUUCUACUCGUCCCGUGAGAGCCACAACGGCUGUGAACUUCCUCCGUAGGCAUGGGGGUUGUUUGAUGACACCUCGGCCAAGCAACAAUCAUGAGGGUCAUUACUGUACUUUCCUCGAAGCUGCACUGAUGGAGGAUAUGGGUUGCAAGCCCCUCCAACUAGAUUAUGGUUUGCCGUCUCUUCUAGGAAAGGUCAACCAUGUCUGUGAACUUUGCAAUCGGUAUGUUUUCCAAUCUGAGGCAGAUAGGACACGCCACUUGCAAAGGAUUCAUAACCGUUCAAAGAGAAAAGAGGCUGUCCAGGCACACACAGAACAGCAGGCUGCACCUAAACCCUCUCACAAUUGUACAUACACUGGCUGUGGCCACAUAUUCAGCACCCAGUACCAACUACAACGCCACAAACAAGAGACAGGGCACAAGUGCAGGGCUGGAAGAAAGAAGAAGGGAACAUGCUGACUCUAUAGUCUAUUAAACUGUUUAGUAGAGUACACGAUGUGAUUUUGUUCGAUAAAUAGAAGUGGGUACAGCGUAUAAUAGCUGCGAGGAGAAAUUGUUUCAUGACUAUGGACAGCUGUUAGGAUUAGGUAGGUGGGUGGGUGGGUAAGAAGAAAUUCUAACGUUGUUCGGAUUUUAAAAUCAUUCGGUAACUACGGACGGC